CAGCAUCGGCCGCAGCUGACAACAGAGACGCGACUUCAACGGUUUGUAGACGCGAUUACUUGUUGACUCGUUUGCUCGUUCGGUUGGUUAUUUGGUGGUAAAAAGCCAUUCUUCCUAGAGUAUACAAAAUUUUGCUUUGGCCAAAGUUGAAGUUAAUGUUAACAGUGAAGUUUAUACGCGGAUAUUGUACAUGCACAUACAUAUCUACGCACAUAUUUGUAUAGGAAUGAGCUGGCAGCAGCUGUAGAGCAAUAAGUUAUGUGAACCUGCUACCAAUUAUUGCAUUUAUAUGUGUAUAUGUAGUAUAUGUAAAUGCUCUGUUUGUAAGUCUGAAAUUGCUCAGAAGAACACCAAAAAUAUUUCGUUGAGAUAAUCAUAUUCGCCCGCAACUUUAGUAAACUUUGUUUAGUUCAACGUUUAUUACUUUAGUUGCGGUUUUGCAGGCGCAUCGAGCGAACGGUUAAUUUGGUGCAUAUAACGGAUUAAUUUCAUAAUAUUUUCGAAGCCUGCGGCGUCAAAUGAUUGCACUGUGAGAUAAUAGCACCACAUACAACAUGGCCUAAUUAAUUGCCAAAAGAGUUUGAAAUUGUGUCAUUUUACAUAAUAAGCUAAUAAAGGUAAAGAAAUUGCCACAAAAGUUGCCUAAAACACCAAAAAAUAAAAAUAAAAAAAAAGAAAUAAAAAUAAAAAUAUACCCACGCUAUAAAUUGGGCAUUGUAAUUUCAUUCAUUAAGUAAAUGUGAAAAUAAUUCAAGCAAGUGUGUGACCCGCCAAGAUAUUUUUUCCCCUCCAACAAUUCCAAGAACAACAACAAUGUGUACAAACUUUCAAUGGGAAACAAUAAAAAUUUGCAUUUAUUUAUAAGAAAAGAAUGCGGUUGGUGAACAAGUAAAAACUGUCAAGUGAGAAGCUUAUGAAAAAAAUAUAAUAAUAAUUCAUAGUGAAAAAAUCAGCUUAAGCCGUGCGCACAUACUGAAUAACAAUUAUUCGAAAAAAAAUUAUAAUUAUAAUAAGUGAAAAAAAUUGAAAUUAACUUAUUUUGUGCGACACCAAUUCCAACUGCAGCAACCAGCGCAUUGACUCAUUCAACAUCAAAAAAAAGAGGAAAAAUCAAACACAGCAACAACAUAUUAGACGUAAACAUUAAUAAGAAAAAAAAUCUGCUAAAGCGCCAAACCGCGGCAAGCUCUUAAGCUCAUAAAGCGCACCAUACACACCUACAAACCGCAGCACGAACACCAACCAAUAAAAAUUUGUAUGCCACAGCAAUAUCCAGUAUCCAGUAGCACGGCAGACCGCAGCAAAGUACCAACAAAUUACGAAAUGUGUUAGAAGAAAUAAAUAAUCAAUAAACAGCGUAAGCAGAAGAGACAAGUAGCAAAGCCACCAAUGCGAUCUUCAUUGAAGUAGAACUUCAAGCCACCAAACAACAAAACAAAAAAGAAACCUGAAAUGCUAAGCAAAAAGUUAUGUAUUUGUUUUUGUUGCCACGAAGUAGAAGUCUGAGUUUACAUAAUCCAAAUCGAAGCACCACAAACAGCUAGAAGUAACUACUAACCAAAAGCAGAGUCUACCGCAUCUACAGCACUGGCUAUAUCAAUGCCUUUAUGACAACAUAAACCGCAACUGAAUUCGAUUCUUCUUCUUCUUCGUCAUCGUCUACGUCCUCCACUGGCACUGCACCUUCGUCUACAACGCGCUCUCAGCCAACCAACCGCAACUGACAAUUUCAUUCUUGACGCUCGUGGUCUUACGUGUGUGUGCGUUUACCUGAGUGCGGCAGCGGCUCGAUUAACGACUCGCUGAUUAAACUUUACAAAAUCGAUUAGAAGCGGCGCAUAUCUUCAAAAGCUCGCACACAAUACAGGUGAAUAGUUGAAGGCCUGCCUAGAUAGAAUGGCUACCUCGACCGGUGACAGCUACGGCUACGGCUGUGGCUACGACGGCGAAGAUGUCAUUGAAAGCGAUGCAAACGCGCGUGAAAUGACCAUAAAUAUGGCUGAGUCUGUAAAAACAAAUAAUCACAUGGUCAACAGUGACAGCAACAAGAAGAGUCGCCACGUUGAGCCCAGCAAACGCAGCGAGACGCCAAGCAAAAAACUAGACACAACUAAAAUUGGACAAACAAGUGCGCGUACGGCUGAGGGCCUACGCCGCCAAGCGACCAAAUACCCACACGGACUGAAUGUCAGCAUCCAAACAGUGAGCGGCGAUAAUGAGCAACAUCAACGACAACACCAACAUAUGAACGUGAACAAGAAUAGCAAUAGUGUUGGCAACACUACAACAAACUCGAGCAGCGAGUUGAAUUCAAAUUAUGGUUACUCACGCGCCUCCACACUGCGCAGUAGUUGGGAUGGCAACAAGAGUAAUGACGACAAGCAACGCAGAGACCACAACUCAAGUAAAGCGGACGCGUUGUCGACGUCCGCAACCACGUCGACGUCGUCCUCAGAUAACAGCCACCACACAUAUCGCAUUAGUAUGAUCAGCAGUCCGGAAAAUCUGGCCGAAUUGCAAAUGCGUCGCUACAAGUAUCCACUCACCGGCAACUACUAUCUGGACACACAAGAUGUGGCCAAUGCCGGCAAACAUCCGCCACCCCUGCCGGUGCUGCGUACAUACCUACAACGUUUCGGCCGUUGGAAAUACCUACGUUGGCCCAUCAUAUUUGUGGCGAGCACACUGCUCUUCUUCGGACUCAUAACAUAUUGUAUUUGGUUGCACGAUGUGAGUGUGGCAAGGGACCGAUACCAGCGACGACGGCAAGAGCUCGGCAAAGAGGCAGCACAGGUGGUUACUGAUAAUGAAGCACAACUUAUCAGCUUCGUUGUCAGCACGUUGGAUGAGAGUGUUACAACCACAACUUUGCCAACAACCACAAAUGCGCGUACGGUUGUAACCACAGACCGCAAUCAGGAACACCUGCAGGAAUCGACAAUUUUACGGGCAAUUAACACUCAGCGUCAUCAACCACAGCCAACGCCUAAUGGACGUAAGCUCACGACUUUCAAGUAUUUGUUGCCAACGAAAUACCGUGAUGUUGCUGCGAGUGAUGGGCAAGGCAAGAAAAAUGGCGAGAGCAUUAUACAGGAAGAGUACGAGACCCCAACUGAAGCCACUACUUAUGCCAGCGCCGAGGCAGCACUGGUGCCCACGAACGUACUGCAUUAUAAUGGUUUCAAUGGCCAUCAGAAUAGUUUUGGUGUGCCCAUCGAGGAGGGCCAUCGUCUUUUGAGACUUUUCAAUAAGGUCCUUUCACCGGAUCAACCCUUCACGGCAACAACAAAGCCCGUAACAAAAGUCUCACCCACAAUACCACCUCUGGUACAAUAUAAGCCCACACAUGCGAUGUCUUCCGGCUUUCGCACCACCGCACAAGAUAACGGCUGCUACUCAACAUCGCUGUCUAUGUGUCAGGGUGUGCUUGACUAUGAUCUAACCUACAACUCAACAACGAAACUGCAAUUGAGCGAUAAGAAGGCUUUUCAAAACUUGGUUGAGUCGAAUUGUUCGGCGCGGGCAUUGGAGUUUGUAUGUGUUACACUCGAACCGGAGUGUAGGCCAUCACAUAUUGGCAACUUGCCACCGUGUCGAAGAAUUUGUAAAGCUGUGCUCGAAGCUUGCUCCAUCGUCAUCGCCAAUUGGGAUUUACUCAAUGAGCUAUUCGACUGUAGUCUCUAUCCGGACACCAGCGAUCCACAUAAAUGCGAGGAUCCCACGAGAAGGCGUGACUAUUGUUAUGACAACGAAUUCGCCUGCUAUGAUCGCACAUGCAUACCUCAGCAGUGGCAGUGUGACAACAUCAAGGAUUGCGCAGCUGGUGAGGAUGAGGAGAGUUGCCUGAUCUGCGAUCAUCAAGAUGAGUUUCGUUGUCGUUCGAAUGAGAAGUGUGUGCCAGAGUCUGUGCGUUGUGACUCCAAAUACGAUUGCUUUGACGGUUCGGACGAGGAGGAAUGUGAUGAGUAUGGUUCUGGCGAAGAGGCGGCGGCCCUUUUCGAUGAAGCCGCACUCAACUCAUUUCCACGCGUGUUCUCCUAUGCCAGCUUUCUGUCGCCGAAUCAAAGUAAUGAGGGGUUGUACACCUACAUAACAGCGGCGAUGGACGAUGAGAAUGGCACGAAGUUUCAAGUGCAUGAAAUUACUAAUCGCACAAGCGGCAUAUCCACCGAAGAGGUUACGAACAGUGUGCCCGGUGAGGGACCGAAAGGUUUUGUGAACUUUCGCGACAGCAAGGAGAUCAUGAUGACCAGCGACACGGAGAAUAAAUUCAAAUAUUCCUCGGCAGCCACCACCUCACGCGUCAGUACCACGACUACGAACCGGAAUGCGCACGGUGGGAGCAGCAGCAAUAGAUUGUACUUUGGCGCCACAACACCGUUGAAACCGGCCGCAUCAAUGCGUAUUGCCGUCACCACGGAACCCGCCAGCUUUACUGACUCUACGCGCGACGACACCACCGACAACAUAAACCCAAAACAUCCGGCGUUAAAUACUUGUGCACCACACCAGUUGCGUUGUGUGAGCGGAGAAUGCAUUACAGUCAAUCAACUCUGUGAUAAGAAAAUUGACUGUCCAGAUGGUGCUGAUGAACUGAUGUGUAUCUACAAGGAACAGCGUAGUAGUUCAACAACAACAACAACCAGCAGAACAACGACAAUACGCAACAAUACAGACAAUAAAAGUCCAUCACGUAGCAGAAGUGUCCGAACGCAAAUGGCGACAACGACAGUACGCACUGCUGAUAAGCGCUCCUUGACACGCACAACAAUAAAGCGUAAGGUGAAGCCGUAAUUUUGCAGCAGCAGCAGCAGCAACAACAACAACAACAACAACAUGAACUAUAUUGGGAACAAGCAAAAUAACAAUACAAAAGGCGACUACACGUUGCAAGUAGAAGCCGUUAUUGUUGGACACUGUAAUCAAUUUGCACUGAAUAUAUGUAUCCAAGUGUGUGCGUGUGUGUAUGGGUGUUUGGUGUGUGCGUGUGAGUUUUGAUAAGUCCUCUGCAGUGAAGCAUACCUGGUUGCACAACUUGUAGCAUAUGCGAACAUUCACGAGCAUACAUACAUACAUUUCUAUUCUUAUACAUAUAAAUAUACAUAUGUAUGUAUGUGUGUUAUGUUUGACUUACGUAUGGCGUACCUAUAACGUUAGCUUAUGUACUUGCGUUUAAAUAAAUAUAUUUGUUUAAUUCUUAGUAUUCCAUUGUACCUAUAAUUGUACCUAAGUAGGUAUAUAUGUAUGUAUAAUAUAUACACACAUGUAUGUAUGUAUAU